CUCCACUGCGAGUUUAUUCAGCAAAGGUCUGACCAGGCUGAACUGCGCCCAUUUGAGGGGUAAAGCCAGGGAUUUUUGAUUACCCGUAGCGAAGACAACCACAAUGGCUCGACGAUACUCUGACGAUUCCGAAGGCGAAUAUGUGUUGAUGCCAGUGAAAAGUCAUGCUGGGAGUGACUACGGCGGCAGAGGACGAAGAAGACCACAUCGAGGAGUGGAAGAAGAUAUCGUGAUCAACAACAACCUGCUUGUUCCGGGAGGAGGUCGGCCCCGUGCUUCGAGCACAGGCGAACGACCCACACAGACCAUCAUCAAUGUCGCAGGCUCGGAACGCGGGCACAGCCGCAGCCGUAGUCGAGGCCGUGGCGGUCACUACGACAGUCGCUCGUCCAGUUCAGAUUACUACACCGGUCGAUCAAGAUCACGGCACCGCCCUCACAGCAAAGUCUACGAGGAUGACUUGUCGUAUAGUCUGCGAAAAGAACUUACCAUUGCACGCGAAGACCAGGCCAAAAAAUCCCGCGAUGACGAGAAACGGCGAUGGCAGUUGGAAGAGGAGGAGAGGCGAAUCAAGAGACAAAAGGAAAGAGAGGCCAUCUUGCUAGAAGGCAAACUCGAGGAAGAGAAAAAGAAGAAGGAACAGAAGGAACUGAGGGAGAGGAUCCUGCGCGAAGAAGAGGAGAGGCUCAAGAAGGAGAAGGAGAAGAAAAAGGCCGAGGAAGAGGAGUUUGAGAGGAAGGUCAAGGAGAAGUUCAUGAAUGCUGGCUACAGUCCAGAAUACGUCGAGGAGAUUCUGCACAAGAAGAAACAAGAGCGCGCAACGCUGGCAAUCGAUCUGCACCGCCCAACCUUUAUCAAGGUGAAUCGCAAAUACUUGCACCCGGAUACAUUGGAUUAUUAUGGUUUGCCUUGGGAAUGGGAUUCGGUGAGUCUGCAAACGCACGAACGUUCCUUCGAACGCGACACAGAGUACAUCAUCAUCAAGAAGUACAUUGACAAUACAUUUCAAGACGAGCUAUUCGAACAUACACGCCGAUUGAAAGAGCGGAAGUUGAUCACCACGGGGCCAUACGUUAAGGAAACGACUAAGAUUACGACACUGGUGCCGAAUGAGUAUGUCAAGAAGGGAGAUAAGAUGUAUGUCGUACGGAGCAAGAGUAAGAGUCCGGGUCGGAGGCGGAGUGGUGGUGGUUGGAUGUUCUCCUGAGUGAUCACACUUCGAGGCGACGACGCAUGGACGAUAUGAAUGCAUGAAUG